AUGUUCUGCCGUAAAGACAUAGAAGAUGAAGAAUCAGAUAGUGAAAACUAUCAAUCAGAAAUUGAGAAUUACUGCAAGGAUAUUGAUUCGUACUAUUGGACUGAAAUAGAAAAAAUAAACAAGGAGUGCAAACACCAAAUUCUUCAAGAAAAAACACCUUACUUAUUGGGUACAGAUUAUGUAACUGCUGAUUGUAGUCCGUUAAGUAUCCAUUGUGGCUUGAGUAUUGCAAGGUGUUUCGAACCAUCAGUAAAAUUGAUGAAAAAAUCAGAAAUAGGAACUCAAAUCACAUUCAGUGCUGACGAAUGGGAACUUUUUAUUUUCGCCUUACGAUGUUUGGACAUCAGUUAUUUAUCGGACAAUGAAGUACCAUGCAUUACAACAUCCAAAGAAGAGGACAUUAAACAUAUUGAAUGUGAUGAAGAUGUGAAAAUAUGCAAAACGUCAACUUUAGAUUGUAAAAUUUUAAAAGUUUACACAAGUAGGGCCUGCUUUUAUCUAUCACAUAAUGUGAUAAAUGAUAUACUCCAUAUUGAUGAAAAUAUUAUCAAAUAUAAAGUAGGUGCUUUAUAUAAAAUGAACUUCCAACAAUUUUAUCAAAACUUUUUAGAGAUUGUUUGUAACGUAGUACUACAAACUCAGGAAAGAAAUUAUGAACUUGUAAUAAGAUCCUUUUGUGACGUAUGUAAUGAUAACAUAGAAAGUUAUUGUGUACGAGAAUGCUUACUGUACUAUAAAAAUAAGCUCUUAAGUGAUUUAGCUAGUAAAUUAUCUGUGUAUGAAGCAGCUUUGAUUAAAUAA